CCCUAGCCAGCUGCUAAAUGUCAAUUUGUCCAAAGAGCUCCAAAUCCAAUUUUGUCCAUGAACAUAACACUGAAGAAAACGAUCAGCUGAAACUGAAACGUAAACAAAAAAUUAAUAAGUUACAAAAUUGUUAAAAAUAAUAUUAGGCAUAUUAUAUAGCAAAGAAUGCUGUGAGAACUGAACAAUGAAUCACUCCAGUAAGAGGAUGAACGGAAUGUACGGUGACCGCAGCUCCAAGAGAGUGAAAAAGGAGUGCAGCUAUGGUGCAUCAUGCUACCGGAUGAAUCCCACCCACUUACGCGAAUACAGCCACCCGCACUUGGAGACAAUACUGGAUUCGUGGAGUGGCUCAGGAAGUUUUGAGAUACCAGACAAGUAUAGCUUACAGCGGAGCAUGAUAACUGACCAGCUGAAUAUCAUUGUGGAGAAGAAGCUGUAUGAGCCCCGUGCAGGGGCCAAGGCACAAAACCAAGAGGGGCCCAGUGAGGACAUGUCCCAGGACAGCGCUAGUGUGUCACAAGUCAACACUACACGCACACAAGUAGAGAGUGACUCGAGUGCUGUGCACACAAAGGUCAAUCUCACAAGUGAGCCGGUGAAAAAAUGUGAUAAAAGUGUAGUAAAGACAAGUAGUGAUAAAAGUUUACUAGUGCAGAAUUGUGAAACAAGUGAUAAACUAAGUGCAGGUAGUUCAAACAGAGAGAAAAGCUUAUCUCCUACGCCGGGCCUGGGGGCGAGAAUCAGAGACUCGUCGUACCGGCCCGUGGUGCCGCCCGCGCGGCGUGCAGAGGACUUCCUGAAGGUGGUGCGGCCGCGCGGGCUCAUGCGCGCCAAGCACGCGGCCGCGGCGCCCUACCACGUGUUCUACACCGCCGUCACCGCGGCGCCGCGCACGCACCACCAGCCCUACUCCGUCACGUUGCUGGAGCUGCUGGACCCGAGCCUGGGAGAGCUGCAGAGCUCGCUGCAGAUCAACUUCAUGGUGGAGCCGGCCUGGCUGCUGGCGCACUACUACUUCGCGGGCUACAGCGCCAAGCGGCUCACCAUCCUGUACGGCGAGGAGUGCGCCGACAUGCGCGCGCUGCGGAGCAAGCCGCACGUGGACGCGGCGCACGUGCGCGUGGCCACGCCCUUCGGCAAGCACCACACGAAACUGAUGCUGCUGUGCUACGAGGACGGCGCAGUGCGGGUGGUGGUGUCCACCGCCAACCUCUACCAAGACGACUGGGACAACCGCACGCAGGGGCUGUGGCUGAGCCCGCGCUGCCCCGCGCUGGCGGCGGGCGCGGCGCCGCACGCGGGCGAGUCGCCCACGCAGUUCAAGCAAGACCUGCUGCGCUACCUGGCGCACUACCGCCUGCCCAACCUGGUGUACUACAUGGAGAGGGUCAAGAGAUGCGACUUCAGCCACAUCAACGUGUUCCUCGUGGCGUCGGUGCCGGGCUCGCACGCGGGCCCGGCCUGGGGCCUGCGGCGCGUGGGCGCGCUACUACGCCAGCACUGCGCCGUGCCCGCCGCCGACGGCCGCGCGUGGCCGCUCGUGGCGCAGGCCAGCAGUCUCGGCAGCUUCGGCGCGGACCCUAAGCUGUGGCUGUGCGGCGACUUCCUGCACCACUUCACGAAGACGAAGAACCCCCCGCAGACGCUGACGGCGCCGCCGCCGCUGCAGCUGAUCUACCCGUCGCUAGAGAACGUGCGACAGUCGCACGACGGGCUGCUGGGCGGCGGCUGUCUGCCCUACGCGGCCGCGCAGCACGCCAAGCAGCGCUGGCUCGACGCGUACCUGCACCAGUGGUCGGCGGCGGGCACGGGGCGCUCGCGCGCCAUGCCGCACGUGAAGUCGUACUGCCGCGCGCGCGGUGAGUCGGCGGCCUACUUCCUGCUGACGUCGGCCAACGUGAGCAAGGCGGCGUGGGGCUGCGUCAACCGCGGCGACGGCGCGCUGCGGCUCAUGAGCUACGAGGCCGGCGUGCUGCUGCUGCCGCGCCACGUGAUCGACGAGGACUUCUUCCCCCUGGGGGAGGCCGCGCCCAACCGGCUGGUCGUGCCCUACGACCUGCCGCCCGUCAGGUACGCGCCCGGCAUGAGCGCCUGGGUGCAGGACCACUUGCACUGACACGCCACACGCGGGCCCGCGCCCACCGGCACGACUCCACUGAAACUCUAAUCAAUAAAUUAUUUUGUUACCUUGAA